AAUGCGUAUCAGGUCCUUCCUGACUCUUCUAGGCACCCUCUCGCUCGGUAGUGAUCAAGUCCUCGCCGCUGGGAACCUCACGUCUCUCGUGAACCUAUUCAUCGGAACUGCCUCGGGGGCUGGCGGGGCCAGUGGGGGAAAUGCGUUCCCAGGUAUGCAUCCACUUCUACCGAGCAGCAUUGCAGCGAAGAGUCGACUGACUUCACUGAAUGGAUCGAUGUCGAUGGAUGAUACAGGUGCUGCGGUCCCACACGCGAUGGCGAAAGUAAAGACUCGUUGUGCUCAUACCCUUGCGAAGACCCUUUUGAAAGCUCUUUGUUCUUGUUCAGGUGGGGAUCGAUGUCAGCACCACGCCCCGACAGGCAGGGUACAUCUCAGACAACUCGUCCAUCACCGGGAUCUCCUUGAUGCAUG